AUGCCUGCCGCCGCCACUGCCACAUCUUCGGCCCCUAUGACCGAGGAUUUGUCAGCAUCGGUGCCCUCUGAGCCAAAUGGCAGCGGGGAGCAGCAACCCUCGCCCGAGUCCGCGAGACAGACACAUCAUUCGAUUCCUAACACACCAUCGGAUUUUUUGACCAUGUCUUCGGACGAAAGCGACUCCCCUCCUCGCUCCACCGCACUCCGCGCGCCCACCCCUAUCGCCCCUCCCGCGCAUGAUGGUGACAGUGACACAAACGGCAGUGCCACGCCUGAGCCAUUGGUGCAAUCACCUACACCCGCUCAAAUGGUGCUGCCAGAUCCAUCGGAUACACAGCAAACCCAUUCCGAUCCCUCUCCGCCCUCGGCUUCACCCCCUGCCACUGCCAUUUUGCCCGCUGCCAUUUCACAUCCUGUCGAACACAGUGAGCAUGCAAACUCAGCCCCACUUGGCGAAGUCAGUGAGAGUGAAACACACGAUGCAGCGGGCGAACACAGUGAGGGUGAGCAAGAUGUUCUUCUCAGCGAUCCUGCUCCGCCCAUCGCUGCCAACGUGCUGGAUGCCCAGCGCAAGGUCCUGCUGAAGACAUCUGGCCACAGGCAACUCCUCGCCUGCCCAUUUGGGCUUUGCAAAUGCAAGGGGCCCCGCCUUGACCGCAAAGCCUGGGUCAAUCAUGUACUACGCGAGCACCCCUACGACGAGCAAGCCACUGAUCUGGUCAAGCAGGUGAUGGAGGCCAAAUUGGUCGCCCAGUGCAACAAGUGUCACCUCUUCUUCGAAGCUGCUGGUAUCAGUCAACACCGCUCCCGAUGUGGUGCCAAUCUGAAGCGAGCGAGCGAGGCGUUGUUUCAUGCGGCUGGACACGACCUGCUUGAGAUUAUGCGUGGCGCUUGGCCCCAACAGUGUGUAGGGUCUCGCGUCAGCGUCUGCGAGCUGCUUAAGCUCGCCCGGCAUCCACUGAUGCAGCGCAGCCGCUACCCAUCCAACGCCACCGAGACCAAGCUGAUGGCUGCCACCCUGAGCCAGCUGUAUUGGUCUGCCGUCCAUUCAGACUAUACCGCUGAAGAGCGAGAGAUGUGCUGGGCUUUGAUUUUGGCCUUGCCUAGCAUGUUGUUGUCUGCUCCCUCGACCGCACUGUCUACGAUUGACCUGCGCAAUAUGUUUCACGAUCGUCUCCGUUGGCUUGUGACGGGGCAACUAGGUCGGGUCGUGGACGCCAUGCGCAAGGCAGUCGCACGCAAGCAGAGCCGUCGAGGACAGCUGAACGCCGGCGCGGGCGCCCACCCGAACGACGCAGUCGACCAGAGCCUCAGGUCGCUCGUCCGCGACCCGGACCUGGCGGACGAAGCCUGGGCAAACCACGUCACGAACCGUCUGAACCGAGGUCAGAUUGCCAAAGCAUUUGAUGUCGACAAGGCUCGUGCCGUGAUUGGUAAUUCUGAGGUUCAGGCCGUGCGCGACCUCUUGGUACCGCCCGGGCUGACCCCGUACAUUGCUUCGACACCCACCUCCACGUCUACACUGGCACCAGCCACGGCUGCGAGCUCCCCAACCGUGUCCUUCACCAAGGGCGAGCUCCCCAAGGCGUUGGCGGCCACCAAGGGUAUCACCGACCCCUAUGGUUGGUCUGGUGAGCUUCUUGCCUCCAUCUACCGCAUCAAGGAGCACUUCAGUCAGGUCUUGGGCCCACGCCAGGGUUCUACCAGCACCUCGACUGCUCCUCCUGAUGGAGACGCGCCUCAGUGCCCCACCACCGCCACUGGAGGUCCUCAGGUUGCCUUGAACAAGAUCUUUCACCACAUUGCCAACAACACCGUGCCCGAGUCGAUUCGACAUGCCCUUUGCUCCAUCAACUACACUAUCCUGGAGAAGGCCAAUGGCAAGUUUCGACCCGUGGGCACGGAUUCCAUCUUCAACAAGGUUGUCAACCGCGCUCUGCUCGAGCAACAGCAGCCCCAUAUUGCCCACUUGCUACAGGCCAGUCCAGAGCUGGCUGUCGGAGUCAAGGACGGCAUUUCAGCUGCGGUUGGCAUGGCCUUUGGUGAGCUUCAAGCCUCGCGAAAAAUCACGCCAACGCAUCGUCUUGGGCGCCUGGUUCAAACAGAUGGGCGCCCUCUUCCUCCAGACCACUCGUCACGACAUUACCCAAGCCUCUCAGGCUAUAAAAAAAAGGCUCUUCGCGACCAACGCAUCCGCACGGCCGACGAUUUAUUAUUAUACGACUUUCCUGUCUACCGCUCCUCCAUCACUGCCGCCGUCGAUACCCUUCGCAUUGAGGGCGCCUACUCGGCAACCCUUGUCAUCGCCCAGCUGGUUGAUGGCCUGCCUUCGAAACUCAGGGACGUGAUUGCAAACCUGUAUCAACCGUCUUGGGAUUUGGGCAAGUUCUUUGAGGUGGUGACUGCUAACCUGCACAAACUCACGCCUGCUGGUGCCCGCGCCGAACCUAAACAGGGUGCCUUUGCUGUUGAGCAUGGUGGAGGGCGCGGGCACGGGCAUGGCCGUGGACGUGGUCGCGGACGCGGUCGUGGACGUGGUCGUGGCCGUGGUCGCCAUGGUAUACACCACGGGCCCCACCCAAAGAGUGAGCGCGUCAAUGCCAACUGUGAAUUUUGUCGCAUCUAUGGCCACGAUGUAUCUCAGUGCCGCAAGAAGCGCGCGUACGAGAAGCACAAUGGCAAGCAGUUUGCGGCCCCCGUCAUGACCGCGACCUUGUCUCUUCCACCCCCCUCCCAUUUGCCUGCUGCACCUGCUGCUCCUCCUUCCCAUUUGCCCGCUGCUCCUGCUGUGAAUUAUUCGCCCGCACAAACACAUUAUCGUCACCACGUAUUAGAGGCACAAUCUGAGACGGUAUACUUUACCACGUAG